UUAUGAGGGGUUCCCACCAUCCCUGUGCUGAGUCCCCGAGUCUGUACGCCACCUGGGCCCAUUAUGAGGGGUUCUCGUCAUCCCUGUGCCGAGUUCCCGGGUUUGUACACCUGCUGUACCCAAUGUGAGGGGUUCCCACCAUCCGGAACCGGAAGUUCCUCGGGAGCUUGCACUCAUUUAUACCAAUCCAGAUGCCCAGAAGCUGAGCUCUUCUUACGCUGGUCACCCAGCUGGUGAAACAUGUCAUUAUGAGG